AUGGAGGAGAUGGUCGUCAUGGAGCUGCAGUCUCUGUCCUGCUCAGUCCCCAUCCCGCCGUGUGGCCCUGGGCAGCAGCUGCAGUCUCUGGCUGCAGCUCUGAGCAGCAGGAGUCAAUCUCGCCUUCCUCUGGAAAGCCCUCAGGGGCAGGGACUGUGGCUGGGCUCCUUCAGGGUCAAGGCUCAGCGCUGGCGCAGUGAGAACUUUGAGAGGCCCGUGGACCUUGAGGGCUCCGGGGACGAUGACUCCUUCCCCGAUGAUGAGCUGGACGACCUGUACUCGGGGUCCGGCUCGGGCUACUUCGAGCAGGAGUCAGGCAUUGAGACGGCCAUGCGGUUCAGCCCAGACGUGGCCCUGGCAGUGUCCACCACACCUGCUGUGCUGCCUACCGUGGAUGUCCAGCCCGUGGGCACCCCGUUCGAAGAGCUCCCCUCUGAGCGUCCCACACCAGAGCCAGCCACUAGCCUCCCAAUGGUGACGGAGGUCCCAGAAGAGCCCAGCCAGAGAGCCACCACCAUCUCCACUCCCAUGGCUACCACUGCUGCCACAACCACAGGGGCCCCGACCGUGGCCUUGGUGCCUGCCACAGAGGCCACCGCCGCUCCCAGCAUCCCUGCGGCACCCCCUUCCACGGCCACCACCUCUGUCAUAAGGACCACCGGCGUACGGAGGCUGCUUCCUCUUCCACUGACCACGGCAGCCACGGCCCGGGCCACCACCCCAGCAGCGCCCUCACCUCCCACCACGGUGGCUGUCUUGGACACUGAGGCCCCAACACCCAGGCUGGUCAAGUAAGCUACCUCCAGGCCAAGGGCCCUUCCCAGGCCAGCUUCCCCCCAGGAGCCUGACACCCCAGAGAAGAGCACCUUGCCCCUGGGGACCACUGCCCCCCGGCCACCCGAGGUGGCUGAAACCCCAACUCCAGAGUCACUGCUGACCACCAUCCGGGAUGAGCCGGAGGUACCAGUGAGUGGGGGGCCCAGCGGGGACUUUGAGCUGCCAGAGGAAGAGACCACGCAGCCAGACACAGCCAAUGAGGUGGUGGCCGUGGGUGGGGCUGCGGCUAAGCCAUCGCCUCCACCUGGGAUGCUGCCCAAGGGUGCCCGCCCCGGCCCUGGCCUCCUGGACAAUGCCAUCGACUCGGGCAGUUCGGCGGCUCAGCUGCCGCAGAAGAGCAUCCUGGAGCGGAAGGAGGUGCUUGUAGCUGUGAUUGUGGGUGGGGUGGUGGGCGCCCUCUUCGCCGCCUUCCUGGUCACCCUGCUCAUCUACCGCAUGAAGAAGAAAGACGAGGGCAGCUACACUCUGGAGGAGCCCAAGCAGGCGAGCGUCACAUACCAGAAGCCUGACAAGCAGGAGGAGUUCUAUGCCUAGCGGAGCCACAGUGCCUCCCCAGAGCCUCAGCAUCGCCCCUCUGCCCAGUCCCCGGCCUGUUCUACCAGCCCUGGCCUAGGAUGGGGCCUGGGAGAAGGCCUGGCCCCAGUUCAUCUUUGCCCGCCCUCUCAAGGUCUGCCCAGACUGUCAGCCUCACACAGAUCUUCCCCAAGGCACAGGGGGCACUGCCAUCUGCCCUAGACUGUGCCCUUACGAGCUCAUCUCUUGUCUUCCACUAGCCUGGGCUUCAGGACCUUGUGUCAGAUGGAUAGCAGGAAAGAAGCUCCUGAUUGGUUGGUGGAAGAAAGGGUGUGGCUUUAGUUUGGCUUGAACUCCAACCUGGCCCCACAGGGCUUGCUGAGGUCUUUUAAGGGCAGAGAGGGACUCAGGCUAGUUUCCAGGACAAGCAUUUUUAAGCUCAGCCCUUGAAAUCGAGACACUGCCACCUCUUGCUUCUUCCCAGGGCCCCUUUAUACCCGGGUAAGAGUGUGCCCCUUGUUGCCAGUGUGUUUUGUCCUGGCCUGCCCCAGGUUGUGGGUUCACUCUACCCUCACCCCACCCACUGCACAUGCACUCUUUCCCAGUCUGUCCCUGAGGAAUUGGCUUCCCAAGAGUGCCCUGGCAGUCACUGGUGAGGAGGGCUGGGCUCUGACCUCCCUCUUGCAAGUGGACUCUGCACAGAUACCAUCUCCCACAAGGUCACACAUAUUGUCACAUCCAAAGACAGAAGCACGAAAUGACAAAAUCAUACGCAAUCCUGACCACCCUGCCAGUCCAGAUAUGUCACAGACACAAACAUCCUCCCAAAGAUGCUUCUUCUCAUGUGUUUCUCAUGCACCCCCAGAUGCUACGACAAUGCAAGUCACCAGUCAUUGUCACCCAGUGGUGACGGUGUGGCCUGCUUCCCUCACUGUGUCUCUUUACACAUGCACAUACAAUCUGGUACCAUGCAAGUUGUUCUCUAGCUUUCAGGCUCACUGGGAGGGCGGAACCAAGCCGGAACAGUCAGCCCAUAUUGGGUCCCUGAGUUGCCCUGUCAGACUCAGUCCCUCACCAUAGCACCCCACCAGCCACUUGCCACCAACCCCGGUGUGUCAGUCACAAUCCCACGUGGAUGCAGGCUCACCCCACACAGCCUGCUCUCACACUGGAGGAAGACAGGUGGGCACUGGCUUUUCCCAUAAAGUGUGUGGGAGGAGUUGCCACAGGCCCCUCAGGGCAUUGCACACCCCAGCCUGCUUCCCUCCUCUAAAGCCUGCAAGGGGUUGGUUUGGGGCCAGUCCCCCACUAGCCGGGAGCCUUGCUUAGGAAGGCAGGCUGGUUCCUGGAAUUCUAGGGCUGGGGAGGGGGCAUGGAUCUCCCAGGACCAAAGGCCCUGGGUGGGGAGGGAGCAGGUGAUCUGGCUCCUGGCCUCCCUGCGUCGCCUUCCUGCUCUGAGCUAGGGGCUGACUGCCUCCCAGGACACAAGUCUCCAAAGUGCCUGUGAGGGUGGGCCCUGCUGCCCGGGCCCUCUGCACCCUCUCCCCUCGGCCUCUCCAGGCCCCCCUCAGCCCAACCCCGGGUCCUCCCUGGGCCUCCCCCAUUGACACCUUGUCCACGUAUUUGGCCAAACAACUUGGCAGUUCUGGCUGCAGCUGGAAGCAGCCCAUCCAGACGCCCUGCCCAGGGCUGAGGGCUGAGAGCAGGAGGGGACGGGUGUCACGGCCCCCAGCCCGCCUCCCCCUUCUUUACCCUUGCAAGUGGGGCCACUUCCGUGGCUAUUUUAAAUGUGGGGUCACAAAUCUCCUUUGGGGAGGGUGCGCUCAGUGGGGGCUCUUGGAGCCUGGGAUGUGGUCUGCUCGGUAGCUGGCUGGUGCUCACACCCCCACCCCUCACCUGCAACCCAGGUGAAAGCCAGGACCCCAGGUUUUACUUCUGUUCCCUUUUCAAGAUGCACUGGCAGCAGACUUCUGCUGGGUGAGGGUGGGGGUGCCUGCAGCGGUGAGGGCGAGGUUCAGGGCUUCCACAGCCCGUCUGCUCACCCUCCUCCUUCCAGGCUGGGGCUCCAUCGUGCAGACCCCAAAGCCCCUCUCAGCGGGGCCUGGAGGCUUGUGAGGAACCCAGCUGGUCCCAGCCUUGGAGGGGGAUGUCAUGGGGAGAGGCAUCUGGGCCCACAAACUGUUGACGGUGACCUGGCCUCAGUCCGCCUGGAGAGGAAGGGCUGGGGCACGGAUGGGUGGCACCGAGGCCUCAGCCUCCCUCCCCCCUGAUCCCGGCGGGUUGCUGUCUUGGGGCAGCAGCUCUGGUGAGAAGGCCUGGGCAGGCCAAGGCUGGGAAACCAGAGACCUGUGGCGGGAUGGGGGCAGGUCCAGCACAGGAUGCGCGACUCCGGCUCAGACUGGCUGGAGUGGGCUUGGGUGGCUUGCCUGGGUCACUUCGGGGCCUGGCUUCCAACUCGGGGCUUUACCUUCUGGCACCGGCCUCUUCUCUGUGCCCUUAGCAUUUGAGAGGAGAGACUGAGGGCCUGGUUCAUGGAGCCCUGGGCAAAUGUCCAGGCUUUAUCCUUAUGAAGUUCAACGGUCUGACCAGCCCAAAUCCACUCCGGCCGGCCCGAGACGGGCAAGGCGAUCCACAAGGUCGGUUCAAAGGAUGAGCUGGCGCUCUCCUAGGUGCAAUGUGGGGGCAGGGCCUGCCCAGAUCCCCAGACACCCUGGUGCUCCCGGGGAGGGUGUCUGGUGGGCCCUGGCCUUUCCUGGCAGCAUGGCCAAUGCCAAAGGAGGGGGAGCUACUGUGGCUUGAGGACCUCCCUGGGGCCCAGCUGCAGGGAGCACGAGGCAGGCUGGGAGUUGAAGGUUGGACCCACCCCCAGUUGUGGUGUCUGGAGCCAGGCUCUGUCUUCCCAGGGGCCAGAGGGAGCACUUCUGAAGGGCUGGGCCGGGCAGGUCUGCGGGCGGUGGCUUGGGAUGCUCGGCGCUGGACCCCCCCGGGGUUGGCAAAGUCAUCUGUCCAUGCUUCCAGCUGGGGCCCUGGGCACAGGGAGCAAACCCAUCUGCCUCCCGGGCAGGAGUGGCCGCCGCCGCCUCAGCUCUCUGAAUUGCUUCUGACAGCCACCACCCUGGACUUGCUUCCCAGGCCUCCCGCCUGUAAAUAGAAGCCCCUGAACUGUACAGAUUUACAGAGAUGCCGAGACCGGGCCUGCAGUCACUGCCUAAGGGCUAAUGGCCCCAGCAUCCCUCGGUGCCCACCUGGCAGCGCAGCGCACCCGGCCCAGCGUGGCGAAUGCAUGUAAAUAUUUUUUGUAGGCAGCGUGGCUCCAGAGAGCCCCCUGAAGACAGUGUCCCUCCCGCGCGUCCUUCCUCCUGUACAGAGCCCUCCAAGGACCUGUCCUGGGGUGGCUGGGAGUUUGUCCUUCCCUGCCCCAGGCCUUCCCUGUCCUCUCUCCCCCAUAACCUGUUUAUUAACCACACCUAUCCUGAGUUCAUGGCCAAAACUUUAAGGAAAAGCCGAGGAAGAAGACUGGAAGUGACCAAGGCGCCUGCCCCGUGGGUGCUCACCUGUCCCAGGCUCGUGAAGGAACCGUUUGGGUUUUUUUGUUUGUUUUUUAACACUUCCCGUGCUGUGCCCAUUUAUAAGAGGAAAUAAAAUUAAGCUGAAAUGA